GGCGCUAGUGUCGCUAACAAAAAAUAAACUUAUUGUAGUGCGCGAACCGCAAGUUUUUUGUAUAUUUUAGUGAAAAAUAUCACUAAAAAGUGUUUGUUUUCUAAUAAAAUAAGUGUAAAUUAACGUAGAAUUUCUAGCUAUGUUAUACCAAACAAUUUGAAUCGUUUAUAAACGCUUAAAACUUCAAGCGACUAAGUCAACGUUUUGUUAUGUUCAACAUUUACUGCCAUCAGAUUACUAAUAUUUUAAGGAUUUUAAUAUUUUAAUCUACUUAUUUUUGAAGAACAACGUAUUAUUAUUGAAAAUAUUACUCAUUACCCUUGAAGGAUAUUUUUUCUUGUGGUAGUUUAUGAGACUCCAUAAAAGGAAUGAUUACUCUUAGAGGAAAACUGAAAAAGGAUGCAGAUGUUUCUAAUUCAAAAAACAAAGAUCUGAAUUAUAAACGUAUAUCUGUUCGAGAUAAACUACUGGUCAAGGAGGUUCAAGAAAUGGAGCAAACUUUACCAAGCACUUGUAAAGUUUCCUUUAAUGAUCCUCAUCGGCUUCAUGAAUUUAAUCUUUUAAUAACCCCUGACGAAGGAUAUUGGUGUGGCGGACGCUUUUGCUUUCAUAUAUUUAUACCCGAAGAAUAUAACAUGAUCCCACCGAAUGUUAAAUGUUUAACAAAAUUAUGGCAUCCCAAUAUUAGUGAAGAUGGAUCCGUUUGUCUUUCGAUUUUAAGAGAAAGUAAUUUAGACGGUCUAGGUUGGGCCCCAACUAGAAAACUUCUCGAUGUUGUUUGGGGUUUAAAUUCUUUAUUUACUGACCUACUGAAUUUCGACGAUCCAUUGAAUAAAGACGCUGCCGAAUUAUUCAUUAAAGAUAAAGAAGCAUUUGGAGUAAAAGUAAAAGAAUAUCUCAAUCAUUAUGCAAAAAGAUGAUUAAAAUGGCAAAAUAAUUGUACAUUUAUCAGAUUUUUUUCUCCGAAAAUCACUGUUUCUGCCAAAACUUAUUUUCAAGUUUUGCACCGUUACUGCCUUUUUAUAUGAAGGAUUGAUAAUUAUACGUAAAAAAAACCAUUUUUACAUCCUUCAUUAAAACGUAUAAAGUAUUAUGAUCCUUUAAAAAUUAGUAUUUCUAAAAGUAUGGCAGAGUUUUAGAAAAUAACUUAUUGCUGAGUGCACAAUAUAUUUAUCAAUUUUUUUUUUCAUGAAAGCAUGCAAAAU